AUGGUACCUGAGAAUCGGCUUCGCGCCGCUCGCCUUGUAAGCUUAGCAGCUUCGAUGUGUAUAGCUCUAUCCGCAGGGACAAAUUAUGUCUAUUCAGCAUAUGCUCCUCAACUUGCUGAACGUUUGCAACUUACAGCAACAGAGAGCAACUUGAUCGGUAUCUGUGGCAAUCUUGGGAUGAAUCUUGCAGGGAUACCAAACGGAAUGUUUAUAGACGCAAAGGGACCUCGAUUGCCGGUCUUACUGGGCGCUGUUCUGCUAUUUUCUGGGUAUUAUCCAAUAUACAAUGCUAUGCAUUCUGGGCAAGGAUCAACGAGUGUUUUAUCUUUGUGCUUUUUUUCAUUCUUGACGGGAGUCGGGAGCUCUGCUUCAUUUGGAGGGGCAAUUAAAGCUGCCGCCCUGAACUUCCCCAACCACCGUGGAACGGCGACCGCGAUACCACUCGCAGCGUUUGGCCUUAGUGCUUUCUUUUUUUCGUCCCUUUCUUCAUGGCUCUUCCCUGGAAAUACUAGCGACUUCCUUUUGGUUCUCGCCACAGCAACCAGCAGCAUCGUCUUACUUUCAUAUUUUUUCCUCAGAGUAGUACCUGUACCAGGUGCAUACUCUAUUGUACCACCAGCAGAGCUUGAUUAUACUGGAAGUAGCAGACUGCACCGAACGAAAUCUGGCGAAAGUCGAAGUGCGGCAAAAGACACUUAUCAGGAACCAGAUAUUCGGGGAUGGGCGUUGACCAAAUCGACGGACUUCUGGCUGUUGUUUACCCUAUUGGGUUUAUUGACUGGAACUGGAUUGAUGACUAUCAAUAAUAUUGGGCAUUCGGUCCAAGCACUUUGGCAAAAAUAUGCACCCGAUACCCAUCCUGACUAUGUUCAACAAAGACAAGGGUUUCACGUUUCUCUUCUCUCCAUCGGCAGCUUUUCUGGCCGGAUCAUGAGCGGGACUUCUUCGGACAUCCUUUACAAGAACUAUGGCCUGCAGCGCAUCUGGUUAGUAGUUGUUUCGGCAGUUAUAUUUUGCUUUUCGCAAAUUUUUGCACUGAAUGUUGAGAAUCCUCAUCAACUAUGGUUGGUCUCUUUUCUGAGCGGCUUGGGAUACGGUGUGUUGUUUGGUGUAUUCCCGACUAUAACCUCAGAGACUUUUGGGCUUCAUGGGUUGUCACAAAACUGGGGAACAAUGACCGUUUCUGCCAUUAUUUCGGGCCAGAUCUUUAAUAUGUUUUAUGGUCGGAUAUAUGACGACCAUAGUAACGUCACCCCUGAGGGUACUCGCGAGUGCACGCUUGGACUUGAGUGCUAUCGGGAUAGUUACUGGAUCACGCUGGGUGCUGUCCUCAUUGGGCUUGUCCUUGCAUUGAUGACCAUUCAGCGCAACAGAAGACUAGCAGUACAAGCUGGUAAUGUUCGCCACGCGGCUGGUCCUUGA